AUGGCAACCAGAACUAUUUACCUCGUCUCUUAUCGCAAUACUCCAUCUCAGCGUGCGCACUUCGCAGUUUUUGUUCCGUCUGCAGCGGAUCCCAAGCGAGGAACUCUGAUCCAUGCUGUCGGUGCUCCUAUGGCUGGCUACAUUCUCGAGUUCAAACGAAACUACUCUCCUGAUCUGACGCAACGGCGCCACGAGACUUUUGCAAUUGGACAGGUCCACUCGUCGAACAUAAUUGACUCCACAGACACCGCGAUCACCAAAGACUCGACACCCAGAGGUAACAUCGAGAUUGCUGCCUCUCAAGUCCCAACUCCUGGAGUUAGUCAGAACUUCAUGGCACCUGUCAACGAUACCGUCAAUAAACGGUGUCAAGAGUGGACCAUGGAAUACGUCCGCUAUUUGGUCGCUAAAGAUCUCAUUGGAGCGGAGGCAAUUGAGAUUGUUCAGUCCAAACGUGAUCCACCGGCUCAUGGAAUUGGCCUGCAGCUCGCUGGACAACGUUGA